CAUUACCCUUUAAUUAAACCAUGAUUUUCCAAUCUCAUUAGUAUCAAGAUUAAAAUUACAAUAUUUGGGCCCUUCUGCAAAUCACCCUCGAUUUCUUCGCCCAAUGCACGAUGGUGACAAAAGGGAAUUCAGGAGAUAACAGAAGCAGAAGUUCAUUGUCAAUCUUUAUCAUUGUCGUAUUAUGCGGGUUUUUCUACAUGUUAGGUGCCUGGCAGCGAAGCGGGUUCGGAAAAGGCGAUACAAUCGCCGUAGAAAUCACCAAACAAACACAUUGUAGCAUACUCAACAAUUUGAAUUACCAAACAAGCGGUGAUGCCGGAGUUCUUGACGCCUCUACCGGCGGAGAAUCGAAGGAGUUUCCGCCGUGUGAUGACAAGUUUAUCGACUACACUCCUUGCCAAGAUCAAAUGCGGGCGAUGACAUUUCCUCGGGAAAGUAUGAAUUAUAGGGAACGACAUUGUCCGCCUGAAGAAGAGAAGUUACAGUGCCUUAUUCCGGCUCCGAAAGGGUAUUCGAACCCCUUUCCGUGGCCGAAGAGCCGUGAUUAUGUACCAUAUGCAAAUGCACCUUAUAAGAGCUUGACAGUUGAGAAAGCUGUUCAGAAUUGGAUUCAGUUUGAAGGGAAUGUGUUUAAGUUUCCGGGCGGUGGGACGCAAUUUCCGCAUGGGGCCGAUACGUAUAUCGAUCAGCUUGCUGCUGUGAUCCCUAUGGAUAAUGGUUUGGUUAGAACUGCAUUAGAUACUGGAUGUGGGGUUGCUAGUUUGGGUGCGUACCUUGCUAAAAAGAAUGUUUUAGCUAUGUCGUUUGCUCCGAGAGACUCUCAUGAAGCGCAAGUUCAAUUUGCCUUGGAAAGAGGUGUUCCUGCUGUUAUUGGUGUUCUUGGAACUAUCAAGCUGCCAUAUCCUUCUCGAGCCUUUGACAUGGCUCACUGUUCUCGUUGCUUGAUUCCGUGGGGAUCUAAUGGUGGAAUGUAUAUGAUGGAAGUUGAUCGUGUUCUUAGACCCGGUGGGUAUUGGGUCCUUUCUGGUCCUCCCAUCAAUUGGAAGAACAAUUACGAGGCAUGGCAGCGUCCUAAAGAGGAACUCGAGGCGGAACAGAAGAAGAUAGAAGAAAUUGCCAAACUUCUUUGCUGGGAAAAGAAACCUGAGGUGGGUGAAAUAGCCAUUUGGCAGAAAAGAAUAAAUUCCGAAGCAUGCGGUGUGCAAGAUCCUCAACCGACUAUUUGCCAGUCUACUAAUCCAGAUGAUGUCUGGUACAAGAAAAUGGAGGCAUGUGUAACGCCCUAUCUUGUGACAAACGGUCCAAAUGAAGUGGCUGGUGAACCAUGGCUGCCAUUUCGAGAGAGGCUUAACACUGUUCCGUUCAGAAUAUCUAGUGGCUCCAUUCCUGGAGUAUCUGCUGAGACGUUUCUGGAUGACAAUCGUCUGUGGAAGAAACAUGUAAAUGCUUAUAAGAGGAUAAACAAAAUUCUGGACUCUGGAAGGUAUCGCAACAUCAUGGAUAUGAAUGCUGGAUUGGGAGGUUUUGCUGCAGGUCUUGAAUCUCCGAAAUUGUGGGUUAUGAAUGUUAUGCCUACAAUAGCUAACAAAGAUACGCUUGGUGUUAUUUAUGAGCGCGGUUUGAUUGGCAUAUAUCAUGAUUGGUGUGAAGCAUUCUCCACAUACCCAAGAACAUAUGACCUUAUUCAUGCAAACGGAGUUUUCAGUUUGUAUAAAGAUAAGUGUAGUAUGGAAGAUAUUCUUCUGGAGAUGGAUCGAAUACUAAGGCCUGAAGGAACAGUCAUAUUCCGUGAUCAAGUAGAUGUUCUGAUUAAGGUGAAGAGAACUGUUAGAGGAAUGAGAUGGAAUACGAAAAUGGUGGAUCAUGAAGAUGGACCGCUUGUUCCCGAAAAGGUGUUGUUUGCUGUCAAACGUUAUUGGGUUGCUGGAGAUAACAGCACGUCCUCACUGUGAACAGGUUCCAUCUGGAUAGUCGAAUUCAUUCUGAUGUAGAGUUGCAAACCCAAUAAAUUAAAUAUCUCUCUUUUGAGCCUGUCGACAAUUGGCAAUGGUCAUCGACUGUGGCUUCUGCAGUAUUUAUUUUUUGUUUAUUAGUUUGUGUAUUUUCAAGAUAGAUAAAAGAUAUAGGUAGAUCAUUCAUACUUGCAAAGUCUGGUGACAUUAGAGUCUAAUUUGAUCCAAAUUAAUUUGUUCUUUUACUCUUUCUUUAAUUUAUAGAAAUCUGUGUUUGACUUCAGUCUCAGGGCAUAGAUGGAGUUCAGUGUUAGCUUCUCUGCCUCCUAUUGCAGUCUGUAAAGGAAAAUUUUGAGGUUACAUUAUAUGAUUAUCUAUUUUGUUUA